GCUUUCCGGGAAGCACCGGAGGGAGGAGCUAGGCCGUUGCGGAGGGAACUGGCGGCCGGCGGGGCGGGGCGGGAAGUCCCGCCUCCCGUGGCUCCGGUCGCUCGGGGCCGAGGCCCGGCCUCAGGCUCCCGCGCUCCCGGCGAGGCCGACUGGAACCCCAGGGCGGGAACGAGGUGCUGGGAGUACACGCUCAGGACAUUCCGGUUUGUUCUCCCAAAUCACACUCAUGCCAAAGGCCUAACUUAUUUGUCACCAUCUCUGCAAAUUGUUACACCAUGGUAGGCCAACAGAAACAACAGUGGAUGCCCACUGCUGGCUCACAGAAAACACAGGAACCUCCAAAAAGUUUUGAAGAAUUUUUACAAUUUCAAAACCUGGAUUAUUGGCCGAAGGAAAUUGGUUUUCAAAAUAAUAAGUGGAUACACCUUCUGAGAAGUGUGAAAGAAGAUAGUUCAUUUAUUUCAAUUUAUUCAUACCUAUGGAAUACUGUCCCUCGAAUAGAUGAGGCACUCGUGAAAAUGGAUUCAAGAUUACAUGAAUGUUCACUUCUUCUGAAACACCAUGCAUGCAGAAUAUUUGAGUGGAAUGACAUGAUUUCCAAAACAACUGCUUUUGAAAAACUGGAAAGAUACAAGACAUUUAUAAAGAAGUAUGAUAAGAAAAGGAAGAUCAUGCUUUCAGAUAUGAUGAUGACAAAGAAGAAUAUAGAGGGUUGCAACUUCUCAGGAUUCAAAAGAAAUGAACUUACUCAGCUACCCAGACAUUUGGAUGCUGAACGAAUUUAUAUUUUUGUCUUAAAAUCCCAUAACUAUGAUGAAAGAGUGUUUAAAACCUGGAAGAUUCAUUUUCUAUCAGAAGCCUCCAUUGCUCUUUUACAUGACUGUUUUUGGUGGUGGUUUCUACAUAAAUUUAAGACUCACAGGGAAAAUCAAGAUUAUUUAUUUGAUAGAAUUUCAGAAAGUUAUGCGACACUUUUUGUGAGCAUACCUCUAAAUCGGAAGGACACAUUCUUUCAGAUAUAUCCUGAUUGUUUGGCACAAGCUAUCUAUGUAACAUUCCAGGAAGCAUUUCCAGAGUCUAGUGAGCUCUUUAAUGAUGAAUUUAAAGAAGAUCUAGGAAACACCAUAUUUCUUUGGUUGUCAGGUUUAAAACCACCAAGAGGCUUUUGGACUCAUUGGAAACUAAAAGAACUUUCCACAAUAACCACACAUGGUAGCACAAAGACACCUGCAAAAUCAAUAAAGCAAAAGAACAGAAACGGUGAAGAACAUGUGUCAGAUGACAUGGACACCACAAAAAUGUUAAAGAAUGCAAGAGUUUCUCUAUCAUCCACGUUCAAGGAAGUCUCAAGACCAGCAAUAAAGACUCCAAGCAAAGGCUAUGAAGAAACCCUAUGAAGUUCAGGAUGACUUUGACAAGUUCCUACACAAAUUGCGUUCUGAAGAAAACAUGGAUUUAGAUUAUAAGGCAUCACAGUCAUCAUCAGCAACAACAACAACAGAAUUCUACCCCUUGGAGGAAUUAGAACACUAUGAGUAACCAGAAAUGAACUAUAUUCAAUAACACACACCAAGCAAUUGUAGGAGUUUAAUUGUAGCAGUAUGUUUAUUUAAUUCAAGUUCAAUCCAUGUGUGUCUAGAGUGUUUUAUCAUUUAUCUUUAAAAUCUACAAAUCUCAGUAAAUCAUAUUUAAAAUA